AUGCCUACCGCCGUUCCAGCGAUCAAGGACCUCAAUGUCCCUUUCACCAGCUAUGAGCCAACACAGAACCCUGAGAUGAUGAAGACGACAAGAAAGAUUAUCUGCUUCUCGGAUUUCGACGGAACAAUUUUCAUGCAAGAUACUGGCCACAUCCUGUUCGACAACCACGGCUGUGGACCAACCCGCCGAGAAGUCCUCGAUGAGCAGAUCAAGACUGGCGAGCGAUCUUUUCGUGAGGUUUCAGAAGAGAUGUGGGGUUCUCUCAACGUUCCUUUCGAAGAUGGCUUCGAAGUGAUGGAAAAGACCCUCGAGAUCGACCCAGACUUCCAGGCCUUCCACAAAUUCUGCAUCAAGAACAGCAUUCCUUUCAACGUUAUCUCUGCCGGUCUCAAGCCUAUCUUAAGAAAGGUGUUGGAUACAUUCUUGGGCGAGGAGGAGUCUGCUCAUAUUGAGAUUGUGGCCAACGACGCGAACAUUACCGAGGACGGAAAGACUUGGGAACCUAUCUGGAGACACGACACUGAGCUUGGCCACGACAAGGCUUUAAGUAUUACCGAGUACCGUGAUACCGCGAAGCUCGAGUCAGAAGACGGAACCAUUCCUCUUAUUGUAUUCAUCGGUGACGGAGUUUCUGAUCUCCCCGCGGCCAGAGAAGCAGAUGUCUUGUUUGCGCGAAGAGGACUACGAUUGGAGGAGUAUUGCGUCGAGCACAAGAUUCCUUACAUCGCCUUUGACACCUUUGCCGACAUCGAAAAGGAAGUCCGAAACAUCAUGGUCGAAGACGAAAAGCGAACCAAGGGACAAGGCAAACCAGUCCGUUUCAACCCAAGAGCCAACAUGUGGAGAAGAGUCAGCAGCAAGAAGAGCGUUCCCCAACUCGUCGCCGCUACACCUACCAAGGAAGAGAAGAUGUUCCUCUGGCCAAAUGCCUUCUCGGAGCUCAAGUCUCCUACUAUCGCGGAGGGUAUUGAGGUUUCUGCGUAG